AUUAAAGCACUUUUGGAUGAGUUGCAACGCCUGCGCGCCUUGGAACAAACUCACCUGGUACAAAUCCAGAGGCUCGAGGAGCACCUGGAGGUGAAGCGACAGCACAUAAUGCGCCUGGAGGCCCGCUUGGAUAAGCAGCAGAUAAACGAGGCGCUCGCCGAGGCAACGGCAUUGGCUGCCGCUGUUAAUGCUGCUGCGACAAACAACAAUAAUAAUAGCAACAGCAGCAACAACAACAACAGCAGCAGCAACAAUAACAACAAUCACAGCAGCCAGAGCAACGACAACAACAAUGUCGUAUUCAAGACAACUGAUCUAACAUCGACCCAUCGGCACAACGACGAUGAUGACGAUGACGAUGACAAUGAUCAUGAUAAUGAGCUGCGCGACGCCGAUGGCGAUGAUGAUGACGACCUGCAUCUGACCAACAGUGAGCAACAGCAACAGCAGCAGCAUGCAGCUUUAGUCAACAAUCGCCACGACGAUGAGCAGGACAAGGAGGAUGCCGAGGAGCACGACGCAGAGAUUUCGAAUGCCACAGCCGCAGCGGACAGCAAUGAGCUGAAAAUCAAAAAGGAGCAGCACAGUCCACUGGACCUGAAUGUGCUCAGUCCACAGUCGGCGAUUGCCACAGCCGCCGCGGCCGCCGCAGCCGCUGCCUGUGCCAACGAUCCCAACAAAUUCCAAGCCCUGCUACUGGAGCGGACCAAGGCCUUGGCCGCCGAGGCGCUCAAGAACGGCAGCACCGAUGCCGUCAGCGAUGAUGCCGCCACACACCACCAACUCCAGCAGCAACAGCAGCAGCAGCAGCAACAGCAACAGCCCCAGCUGCAGCAGCAGCAACUUCUGCACAACAACAGCAAUAGCAGCAACAGCAGCCUGACCGGCAGCGAUCCGCUGAAUCACCACCAUCACGCACACCACCACGGCAGCAUGGGGCAUGGCCAACUGUUGCAUACGGCACACCAUUUGCAUCAUGGCGCCGACUCGAACUCAUCCAGCGCCAACAGCACACCGAACAGCACCGCCCAGCUGGCGGCGAGCAUUGCCAGCACGCUGAACGGCAACAAGUCGCUGUUGCAGGCAGCGGCCGCUGCCAAUGUGGCUGCUGCCGCCGUUGCCGUUGCCGAGGACAACAACAACAGUCUGACUCCCAAUGCGAACGCGGCGGUGGCCGCAGCAGCGAUGGCUGCCCAUGCCCAGCAUGCGGCUGCUUUGGGUGCGCCCGGCUUCCUGCCCAAUUUGCCCAGCCUGCCAUUCCAGUUCGCGGCUGCCGCGGCCGCUGGCCAGGAGGCGCGCGCACACUUUCGGUUCGCGGACGCCGAGCUGCAAUUGCAGCCGGGCGUUUCGAUGGCGGGCCGUUUGGGUGAAUCGCUAAUACCCAAGGGUGAUCCCAUGGAGGCCAAGCUGCAGGAGAUGCUGCGCUACAACAUGGACAAGUAUGCCAAUCAGGCACUGGACACGCUGCACAUCUCGCGACGCGUCCGCGAGCUGCUCUCCGUGCACAACAUCGGCCAGCGUCUGUUCGCCAAAUACAUAUUGGGCCUGUCGCAGGGCACCGUCUCCGAGCUGCUCAGCAAGCCAAAGCCCUGGGAUAAGCUGACAGAGAAGGGCCGCGACAGCUACCGCAAGAUGCAUGCCUGGGCCUGCGAUGAUAAUGCCGUCAUGCUGCUCAAAUCCCUCAUACCCAAGAAAGACUCUGGACUGCCACAGUAUGCUGGUCGCGGCGCUGGCGGCGAUGAUUCCAUGUCCGAGGAUCGCCUCGCACACAUACUCAGCGAAGCCUCCUCCCUGAUGAAGAGCAACGUGGUCGCCGCCCAGCAGCAACAGCAACAGCAGCAGCAGCAGCAACAGCAGGAGCAUCAGCGUCGUCAUGCCAGCGACGAUACGCACAGCAACGAUGACAGCAAAUCGCCGCCGCAGAGCUGCAGCUCGCCCUUCUACAAGGUGGAGCAUCAGAUCAAACAGCAGCAGCAGCAACAGCAGCAACAGCAACAGCAGCAGCAGGCGCAGCAGCAGCAACAGCUGCACGUCUCUGAUCAUGCGCAGCGCGAGCAACGCGAGGCGGCCGCCGCCGCUGCCGCCGUUGCCGUCCACCAGCAGCAGCAGCAACGCGAGCAGCGCGAACAGCGUGAGGCCGUGCAGCGCGAGCAGCAGCAGCGACUGCGUCACGAGGAUCUCGCCCAGGACAAGAUGGCGCGUCUCUAUCAAGAGCUAAUGGCGCGCACACCGCGCGAAGCAGCCUUCCCCAGCUUUUUGCUGUCGCCGUUCUUUAGCGGCGCCGCUGGCAUGCCCGGAGCAGCCGCCAAUCCAUUCCCCGCUGCCAUGGCCGCCGAUGAGAAUAUGCGUCACGCCUUCGAGCGUGAGAUCGUGAAGCUGCAGCAGCAGCAGCAGCAGCAACAGCAGCAACAGCAGCAGGCGCAGGCCGCCAGCUUUCCCAACUUUUCCAGUUUGAUGGCCCUGCAGCAGCAGGUGCUGAAUGGCGCGCAGGAUCUGUCGCUGGCCGGCAAGGAUAUCAAGCUGAAUGGCCAACGAUCGUCGCACGAUCAGCACAGCGGCAGCGGCAGCAGCUCCAAGGAUGGCGAACGCGGCGAUGAUGUUGGCGAUCGCAGUUUUCCCGCCCUGCCACAUGCCCGCAAAUCGGAUGGCGGCAACACGCCCGCACCACCCGCACCGCCCGCCGUCAAUGCGGCCGGCAGCGGCAGCAAUCCGCUAACCGCCGGCAGCGUCGCCGGCAGCGUCACCAGCGGCCAUGGCAGCAACUCGGCUGCGCCCAGCCCCCUGAGCAACUCGAUCCUGCCGCCAGCGCUGAGCAGCCAGGGCGAGGAGUUCGCGGCCACGGCGAGUCCGUUGCAGCGCAUGGCCUCGAUAACCAACUCGCUGAUCACACAGCCGCCGGUGACACCGCACCACUCGCAGCCGCAGCGGCCCACCAAGGCGGUGCUGCCGCCCAUCACACAGCAGCAGUUCGACAUGUUCAACAACCUGAACACGGAGGACAUUGUGCGGCGCGUGAAGGAGGCGCUCUCCCAGUACAGCAUCUCGCAGCGACUGUUCGGCGAGUCGGUGCUGGGCCUGUCGCAGGGCUCCGUUUCGGAUCUGCUGGCCCGGCCCAAGCCCUGGCACAUGCUCACCCAGAAGGGCCGUGAGCCGUUCAUACGCAUGAAGAUGUUUCUGGAGGACGAGAAUGCGGUGCACAAGCUGGUGGCCAGCCAGUACAAGAUCGCGCCCGAGAAGCUGAUGCGCACGGGCAGCUACAGCGGCAGCCCGCAGAUGCCCCAGGGGCUGGCCAACAAGAUGCAGGCAACGCUGCCCAUGCAGAAGAUGAUGAACGAACUGAAGCUGCAGGAGCCGGCCCAGGCCCAGCACAUCAUGCAACAGAUGCAGGCAGCGGCCGCCAUGUCCGCGGCCAUGCAGCAGCAGCAGGCAGCGGCCGCCCAAGCGGCUGCCGUGCAGCAGGCCCAGGCCCAGGCCCAGGCUCAGGCCCAGGCACAGCAGAGCCACCAGCAGCAGGCCCAACAGCAGGCCCAGCAGCAGGCCCAGCAGCUGCUCCAUCAUCAGAAUAUGCUGCUGACGUCGCCCGGUCUGCCGCCGCAGCAUGCCAUCAGCUUGCCGGCGGCAAGCACGCCCAGCGGCCAGGCGGGCGGCAAUCCGGCGUCUGUUGCCACGCCCGGCAGCAACGAGAAGAAGCCGAUGAUGAUGCCGGUGCACGGUGGGGCGCAUGCUCCGAAUGCCAUGCGCAGCCUGCACCAGCACAUGUCGCCCACUGUCUAUGAGAUGGCCGCGUUGACCCAGGAUCUGGACACGCACGAUAUUACCACCAAGAUCAAGGAGGCGCUGCUCGCCAACAACAUUGGCCAGAAGAUCUUUGGCGAGGCGGUGCUGGGCCUGUCGCAGGGCUCCGUGUCGGAGCUGCUGAGCAAGCCGAAGCCCUGGCACAUGCUCUCGAUCAAGGGGCGCGAGCCCUUCAUACGCAUGCAGCUCUGGCUGAGCGAUGCCAACAAUGUGGAGCGGCUGCAGCUGCUGAAGAACGAGCGCCGGGAGGCGAGCAAGCGGCGUCGCAGCACCGGACCCAAUCAGCAGGACAACAGCAGCGACACGUCCAGCAACGAUACUAACGAUUUCUAUACGAGCAGUCCGGGUCCCGGCUCGGUGGGUUCGUCGGUGGGCGGUGCCCCGCCCAGCAAGAAGCAGCGCGUGCUCUUCUCCGAGGAGCAGAAGGAGGCGCUGCGCCUGGCCUUUGCCCUCGAUCCGUAUCCGAAUGUGGGCACCAUCGAGUUUCUGGCCAACGAGCUGAGCCUGGCCACGCGCACCAUCACCAACUGGUUCCACAACCAUCGCAUGCGGCUCAAGCAGCAGGUGCCGCACGGCCAGCCCGGCCAGGACAAUCCCAUACCCAGUCGCGAGAACACCAAUGCCACGCCCUUCGAUCCCGUCCAGUUUCGCAUCCUGCUGCAGCAGCGGCUCGUCGAGCUGCACAAGGAGCGCAUGGGCCUGAGCGGUGCGCCCAUACCCUACCCACCGUACUUUGCCGCCGCCGCCCUGCUCGGCCGCAGUUUGGCGGGCAUUCCGGGCGCUGCGGCGGCCGCUGGUGCAGCGGCUGCUGCGGCCGCCGCCGUCGGCGCCGCUGGCGGCGAUGAGCUGCAGGCGCUCAAUCAGGCCUUCAAGGAGCAGAUGAGCGGACUGGAUCUGUCCAUGCCGACGCUGAAGCGCGAGCGCAGCGAUGACUAUCAGGACGAGCUGGAGCUGGACGCCAGUGGCCAGAAUUUGAGCGACAACGAGUCCAUCGAGGGUGGCCACGAGCCCGAGAACACCACGCCCAUAUCCGAGUACGAGAAGGCGCUGCAGAAGUCGGCGCUCGCCUCCGCCGCCGCUGGCUACUUGAACAAUGCGGUGCGCAGUUCGCGCCGCAAGCCCGCCGCCCCCCAGUGGGUGAAUCCGGCUGGCGCCACCACGCCCACAGCGGCGGGCGCUGCGGGCGCCGCCAUCGCAGCCGGCGAUAGCAGCGCCAGCGAGCGCAUCAUCAACGGCGUCUGCAUCAUGCAGGCCUCCGACUACGGACGCGACGAGGGCGACAGUGUCAAGGGCGGCGAGUCCAAUGCCGAUGCCGAGCACGAUGAUCAUGCGCACCUGGAGAUCGAGCAGCGCUUCAUGGAGCCGGAGGUGCACAUCAAGCAGGAGGAGGACGACGACGAUGAGACGACCUCGCAGCAGCAGCAGCAACAGCAGCAGCAGCUGGACGAUGAGAGCGCCGAGAAGCAGCUGAAGGUGAUCAACGAGGAGAAGCUGCGCAUGGUGCGUGUGCGGCGGCUGAGCAGCAAUGGUGAUGGCGAUGAGCAUUGCGCUGCAGUGCAGCAGGCAACGGCAGCGGCAGCAGCGGCGGCAGCAGCAGCAGCGGCCGUUGCAGCGGCAGCAACUGCGACGCCAGCAGCAGCGGCAGCAGCGUGGAACUACUAAGCUAGUAACUGGAACUGGAACUGGAACCGGAACGGGAACUGGUUAGCAGAGUGCAAUGUUGAAGACGUUUACUUGUGAUUAAGUUUGGCAGCGGCCCCAGAACAUGUUUAGCCACUGGCUAAUAAAUAUAAACACACAUACAUAUACAUAUAUG